AUAAAUGGAGGAGAGUUUCCUGGCAUUUGUCUUCCUCUAUUCGCACAAAUCCCAUAUUUUGAGUUUCAUUUUUCAUGGCUUUUUCAAGUAAAUAGCAGUAAGAAGCUAGGAAACAGUAGCCCAGCAGAGAGAGGGAGAGAGAAAUCAAGGGAGAAAGCCAAGGGGAAGAUUUUGGUUGAUUGAAUUAAUAGAUUAUUAGGUAGCUUCAAUGUCAAACAUCACGAGCUGUGACAGUGGGAGUUUCAGAGAAGAUGCAGCUAUUAAACACCGUCCUCAACUCACUGCUGCUCAUCACCAGUUUCACAGUCCAACUUCUCUUACUUCAACCACCACUAACAGCAACGGUUCCAACGCCAAUUCCCAACUUCCUCCUCCGGUUAAGAGGAAGAGAAACCUCCCAGGAAACCCAGAUCCCAAUGCCGAAGUGAUUGCUCUAUCACCAAACGCCCUAAUGGCGAGAAACCGAUUCUUGUGUGAAAUCUGCAACAAAGGAUUCCAAAGGGAUCAAAAUCUGCAAUUGCACCGGCGAGGCCAUAACCUGCCAUGGAAGCUCAAGCAAAGGCCGACCACAGAAGUUCGAAAGCGAGUUUAUGUUUGUCCAGAGCCUUCGUGCGUCCACCAUAACCCAAGUCGAGCACUGGGUGACCUUACUGGCAUCAAGAAGCAUUUCUCAAGAAAACAUGGCGAGAAGAAAUGGAAGUGUGAGAAGUGCUCCAAGAGAUACGCAGUACAGUCCGACUGGAAAGCUCAUUCUAAGAUCUGUGGUACUAGGGAAUACAAAUGUGAUUGUGGCACCAUCUUCUCCAGACGAGAUAGCUUUAUCACCCAUAGAGCUUUUUGCGACGCGUUGGCCGAGGAGAAUAACAAAGCCAACAAUGAAGGACCAUAUUCAAACUCACAAGGUCAACAUCAAAUCCCAAAUCCUGUUUCUUCACUGCCAAUCAACUCCAACUUCAACCCACAAAAAGGGACGCCCCACUAUAAUCAUUCUGAUGAAAUUAAGCAUCCAAUAUCGCACCUUCAUCAGGAGCUCCUAGAAUUCCCAGCAAAAGCAUUCAAUUACAUGACUGGAAGCGUAUUCGCAAGAAGUCUUUCGUCCAACAGUUCCUGUUCAUCACUUCAACUGGGUUCAAAUAAUUCCCUGAGCAUGUUGGAAGAAAUCGAGCACCAAACAGGAGGUGGAUCGGCCCACAUGUCAGCGACGGCAUUGUUGCAGAAAGCAGCUCUAAUGGGAGCAACUAUGAGUAACAGUCCUAACAGCUCGGGCAUGGCACCCUCUUCAUUGGGGCAUAAUAGUAACCACUACUACAUGAACAGUGGACAAGCUGAUAUGUCAUCAUCUCAGUAUUUCGGAGGAAAUAAUAAUAGCUUUGGGAUGAACAAUGUGGAUAUGUUCAAUGCUAUAAUGGACCAAAGCAAGGCGUUGUCGAAGAUGAUGGAGCAUAACAGUCGAAGCAGUAAUAAUGCGAAUAACCAUGGAGUUUUGCACAGUGCAAUGAACGGUGGGCCAGCAAGUAAAGGAAGUGGGGGGGAUGUAACGACUCUGGACUUGUUGGGGAUUGGUGCAGAGGAGGUGGUGAUGCUUUUCUAUGGCGCCAACCAGGCGGAAAAGGCUGAAACGCCUUUAGGCCAGGGCAACCAAAAAUAAGACAGGCUUUGAAUCAUUUUUGCCUUUAAUUUGGAUCAACUUUUCAAUUCACUUUGGUCUUUCGUUUAUUUCUCGGUACUUUCUUUAAUUUUUUUUUCCUUAAACAAAAAUCCCUUCCCCUGUGAA